AUGCAAGGAUUCAAUAAAUACUAUCCGCCCGACUAUGAUCCUUCACAAGGAAGUCUGAACAAAGUUCGAGGAAAGCAUGCGCUAGGAGACCGUGCUCGGAAACUAGAUCAAGGGAUUCUAAUAACCCGAUUCGAGUUGCCAUUCAACAUCUGGUGUGGCACAUGUAACAACCAUAUUGGAAUGGGUGUGCGCUACAAUGCGGAGAAGAAGAAGAUUGGGGCGUACUACUCGACACCUAUUUACUCGUUCCGGUGCAAAUGUCAUUUGUGCGAUGGGUGGUUUGAGAUACAGACAGACCCGAAGGCGAGUAACACGCGCUAUGUUGUGACGUCCGGAGCAAGGCAAAAGGACGAGGAUUGGAACCCUGAAGAGAAUGGAGGGUUUGCGGUACACGAUACUGAGAAAGAAGGGGCACCCGUGGACCCUCUUGCUGCUCUUGAAAAGAUCACAGAUGCCAAAACGCACAUGGAAAAGGUGCAAAAACCCCGCAUCGAGUCCCUACAGAACGUUUCGGAGCACUACAACUCUGAUCCAUACUCGCUUUCGUUGAAAGUCAGGAAGCGAUUCCGCGAGAAUAAGAAAAUUGAAUUGAAAAAGAAGCAAGUGGAUGAUAAUAUCAAAGAGAGGUACGGGUUGCCUGCCACAAUGAGUCUGUUGGAGGACGACGAUAAGGCGGUAGAAGCUGCCAAAUCGGAGUGGUUGAAGGCGAAACAAGACCAUGAUGAGAGAGAGGCGAAAAGGAGGAAGACGACGCUCGAUAUUACUUCACUUUCGUCGUCUGGCUCCAGCUCGCGGUCGCUGGCCAAAAGCUUGAAAAUUCCAGCAUCUGGUUCUGGUUCUGGUUCUGGCUCUGGCUCGGAUGCGCUUAGUUUGCUAAGGAGCAAGAUUCUGCGGAAUACCGCCAAAAACUCAUCAGCCAUACGGUCAAUUCCAUCCAGCUCAGUCCUCCCAUAA